UUAGUACGCGUCGUCCAAGGUGGUGGUGCAGAGUACCGUCCGUCGACGGGGGUGUUGUUGCCGUUAUUGGUUCUCAUCGAUGGUGAAUCGUGGAGUUGGUUUUCGUCAGUUUCACAGCAAGUGCACGUUGAUCGACGCGUUUACGUAAGAACGACGGACGCUCGUGGUGUAUGCUUACUCGUACGUGCUCGUAUGUAUCUCAAUGUGCGCGCGCGCGUGUGACAAGUACCGACAAAUACGGGAAGACGAGUCAGGGAAAGAGACGGCGGAGGUUUUCGUCGAUUCGUGAGUUUGCCGAAAAUACCAAUUCGGUCAGCUUCGAUCAUCGUGUAUCCUUCGAAGAUCAAAGGAGAAGUAUUCGUCAUCGUACGUCGAGCGGUCGCCGAGUCGACGAAUCAGAAGAAUUCACGAAUGGACGAGCCGAGACCGUUUAAUCCCGACCCUCUCGUUUGCAUAAUUAGCCGUGCUGCACUGCAACAGCUACACGGAGAGAAGGGUUCGCGUAAACUUUGUUAUAAAGGCUGAGGUGGCGGUCGUAUUAUUCGACGAUACGAGGAGGAGGAACUGAACGUGUCGUUAGAAGGAGACGAGAGAAGGUGAGAACAACGAUCGAAGGUGUCUCGCCACCGAAGCCUACUCGAAGAGGGAAAUGGAAAAAAUGGGCGUAAGCCUGUUGACAGAGUAUUUUCUCGGGAGAGCGAAAACAUUCCUCGCUUAUUGAUGCGCCUAGCGAGGCUAGCGUCCUCGAGCAAAAUAGUCGGGGCGGAUAGCGUUUAUCGUAACCAGGACCAGCAUUCGACAAUAAUAAACGUGUUCGCCAUGGAAAUCUCGGUGUUCUUGUUUUACGUGACGACGUUGCUGGGCAUUGUGACCAGCGACAAGUGCGCUGUCGAGUGUUCUUGUAAGUGGAAGAGCGGGAAGCGCACGGUCGAGUGUGUAAAUCGUGCCCUGACUAGCAUACCGGAGUGGAUCGAUCCGGAAACGCAAGUGUUGGAUACAAGCGGUAACGACAUUCGGACCCUGCCGAGUAACAUCUUCAAACGUGUACGUUUGACGAAUCUACAGCGUCUCUACCUACGCGAGUGCCGUAUCGACCGAAUCGAUAGCGAGGCACUGGCUGGCCUUACGAAUCUGGUAGAGCUCGAUCUAAGUCACAACCUCUUAACGGUGGUCCCUACUGCAAGUUUCUUGGAUACACCGUUCCUCAGGGAUCUCGUACUGUCCAACAAUCUUCUCAAGAGGAUUCACUCGCACGCGUUCAAGAGUACACCGAACCUGGUCAAGUUGGAUCUGUCUCACACGCAACUGGUUGAGAUCGAGGCGAAAGGAUUCCGAGGCUUGGAACUAUUGGAAAGUUUAAAGUUAAACAAUAAUCAGUUAUCGACCCUUCAUCCCGGCACGUUCGAACCGUUGAACAAACUCACGAGCAUAGAACUUCACGAUAACCCCUGGAUCUGUGAUUGCCAUUUACGCGAGAUGAAAAUGUGGCUCGUAAAGCACAAUUUGCCGACCCUUCAAGCACCCCUUUGUCACGGUCCGAAACAAUUAUUGAAUCGUACCUUCACCGAUUUGAGUAUCGACGAUUUUGCCUGUCGACCGAUUCUCCUGAUAGCUAGUCGCUACGCCGAGGCAACGAUAGGCGAAAAUGCCAGUAUUGUGUGUCGAGUUAGCGCGAUACCACCGGCCAAGGUGAAAUGGUAUUGGAACGGACGUUUGCUGACCAACCAUUCGGCAUUCAGUGGGUAUCAAAAGAUUUUGAUCUUUGAGGAGGGUCAGUUUCGGAAAAGAAGUACGCUAGUGCUGACGAACGCUCAGGAAGCGGACUCUAGCGAGUUCUACUGCGUGGCAGAAAAUCGUGCUGGUAGCGUCGAGGCGAAUUUCACUCUUCACGUAUCCCUGAGAACCGCUGGCAUGUCUACUCUCGGUUCCGGCCAAAUCGCCGGUAUAUCCGCCGCUCUAGUCGUGCUCAUUCUCUUUAUACUCCUUAUAAUUCUCGUGUUGUUCAUUCGUUUACGAAGAAUGCCGUUGAAAGACGUGAAGUCGUCGGUUCCUGCGGAAGGGGUGUCCGCCGAUAGUACAGGUGGUAACAACGAGAAUCCAUCAUCGGCAACGUCGACUACUCGCAGAAAACACGAAGAAAUCGAAACGACGUCGUUCGGUGUGGAAUCGAAGCCACCGGUGUCCUUAAACCUGAGCUACGUUCAAAGACCUCAAGCAGCGGCCUUGCAGACAGAGAACGAGUACGGUUCGAUCGGUCGUUUCGAUGAUCAGAGCCAACAGCCCUCGGUGAUGGUUGCACCGGGUGCUUGUUUCUCUUCCACUACGUCGCUGAUGCCGAUUGACAAUCCUGAUCUUAUCAGGGAUACGCGACGUGGUUCGGCGGAAGACAUCACUCCUUACGGCGGAGCGGACUAUAGUCGUAUGGAAGUGGUGGACGACGCGAAGAUCCUUUACACGAGUUGUAUGUGGGAGGCGAGGGAUACGUGCAGAACAACAGUUCCGAUGAGCACGUACCCUUCGAAGGAAGCCCUAGCCGUAGUGGCACCUAUGGUCGAGCAAUUUCCGCCAGGGGCGAAGCAAAUAAGAGUAUGGCAGAAGGGAGUUCCGGUUUUGCCACCGGUGUCUGCGUUGAAGCGCGUCCUUGGCUCGACGCGUAGCUCCCCCGACGAGGGUUAUCAAGAAGGGACUGGAACUGAUGUCUAGGUACCGCUGCUUCAUUACUGUGACGCCCGGCACCGUUACCUGGAGCUUCGUAGACGCCACCAGGACGACACCGACUGCUGAGAGACGUCCUGUCCAGUGCCGGACGAGCGGUAGUGAAAAAGAAAAAAGAUUCUCGAUUUAAUUUAAAUAUCGAACUCCGUCGCGGAUAUUAACGUGAUGGACCAGGACGUCGACCUGUCACGUGGAUUGCGUAUACAUAAAACGUAUAAUAUAUACAUACCACAUGUUACACACUCGUACAUACGUAUAUAUAGACGGAGAGAGUGAUCGAUGAAAUGGUCGAGAUGUAUUCCGUAUGUGGAUAUACAUACGUAUAGAAGGGUGGCAGACACCGAGAAUGGGAAGUCGUUCGGCCGACUCGGUGGAAACGAACGUCCACUUGUCGCGAGAUUUACGUACAGUGGUCGAUGAAAUAGUUGAAAGUGCCGUCGUGACUAAUGCACGGAACACAUAAAACGAAGAAUCUGUCGAGGACUCGAUCGAUAAAUUCCGCCAUCUGCCAGUUCUCAAAGAAUAACGCCGGCUUUCUAACCUCCAAGAACUUUUCAUUUCGAAGGUUUUCGCGAAGGUUUGUGUGUAUCCAACGUGUAGCACGAUAGGAAGAAUAUCCUACUCGACGUUCUAAAUGAAUGGAACGGUCAACGCGAUCUGGUAAGAACGACGACGUCGUUUCGGUGGUCUUGCAGUACAAUGUUGACGGCUAAUACUUUCUAUAUGAACGAUUAAGGGAUAUUCGAAGAAAGAACAAAAACAAAAAAAAAAAGAAAAGAAAAAAGAAGCGAAAGAGAGAUCACGAAAAAUGGAAUAUAGUAACAUGACGUUUAAAGAUACGGUUUAAAUAUACCGUUUCUUAAGAUAAUGUUUACGAGAAGACUGCAGUGCAUGUUCCGAAGGAUGUGUAGAUAGAGACAGAUACGCGAGAGAAUAAUUUCUAUUUACCGUGUGUGUUGGCUACCGUGUAUACUACACACGUGAAUUUUCUAGUCAAUUUCGAAGGUGUAAUUAGACGAUGUUAGAUGAUUUGGAUAUGGUGUGAGCACGACGACAAUACGAGAUCGAGAAUACGGCUGACGUGCGAUUACGCAUCGCUGUAACGAUGCUCGAAAAUUUCAUCCCAUUUUCCGUCGCGCGUCUAACGAUUCGUCGAUCAGAUAGUUUUUUCAUUUAUUAUUAUCAUCAUCAACGGUACGUACGAAUUAUGAAUACGUUAUAAUUUCGAUAGUCGGAGUAAGAUCGAGUAUCGAAUCGAUUCGGAAUAACUAACGGAAACGCGACAUACGAGGGAAGCGAUAUUGUCACAUCGGAUAGUUAUUGACGUUCGUGUUCGAGGACGAAAAUUCACGGAAACGGUAGAGCGUGAAAUAUGACGUCGGGUACACCUCUGGAUCCGUCGUUGCAAUUCUCCUGACGAUAAAUUGAUUUACUUUGCCGUGCGUUAGGAACCAUUCAAAAUGUAUUCGUGUAACGACACACUGUCUCUUUCGAUAUCGAUUCAUCGAGAAAUUUCACAGAACUUAAAAGCGUUAGUAUACCUACGUCAAUGGUAAUAUCAUGUGCGUAUAUAUCAAUAUCGAUACGUCGGUAUCGAUACAUCGAAUAAUUGCUGACAUCGCGAAUGAUAACAACUGCGAACGUCGCGAUACCUCUAUCGAACGAAAUAUCUAAUCAACGAUUGAAUUCGGUGAACAAAGAAAAAGCAAAGUGAGAAAAAAAAGUUCGCAAUUCCCAGAAUGUAUCCGUCGUCGUUCGAUCUCUGUCUGUUUUUUUGUAUUACCCGGAGCCAAUAGAAUCAAUUACAUAAGACUGUAUAGUAAGCACAAGAAGCCCGUAAGCCAAUUGCAAGCGAAUAUAAACUAUUGCUCAAACACUGAAACGAGGGGCUUGCGAUUGGUUGACCGGCUCAUGCCUCGCGUUAGUGUCUUACGUAAGUGAGUCUGUGUGUGUUGAUCUAGACACUUUGGCGGUAAGCGGUAAGCCGAAACGCCAAUUGCGAAUAUCGGUCAGUUAUCAACCUGUGUCUGUGUUUGUGUCCUGUGUGUUCCGUGUGUGUGUGUGUGCGUAUUUGCCCGACUAUGGUUCGUACGUGUCUUGAGAGCAGUGUGCCUGAAUAUACGUAUUUGAACGUAUGUGAUAAUAUGAUCCAGACUAUGUCUACAUGCGGACGUGUGAAUGUAUGAGUGCACUAGUGUAUACGUGUGCUCGCGCGCGGCAUCGAGAGAUCGAGGGUGAGAUAGUGCAUGCGGUGCAGUGCUUGCAAUUUCUACCGAUUGGUUUAUCGCCUAUCGUUCAGGCCGGCUGCUUUUCUCUGCUCAAUGAUUCUGGAACCGAUCGACGUAUCCGUGAUGAGGUAACAAAAAAAAAAAAAAAAAGAAAAUAAAAUACGAAAACGACGGAAAAAA